GUCUUAGCCAAUAGCAGUAAAAAAAAUAAAAUGGUUAAUUCCAAAUUUUGUUUGUUAUUUGUAUUUUUGGGAUUGAAGUUGUCCGAAAACGAAAAAGUUAGUGACAUGAAUUCCGACGAUAAGUUAUUUUCCGUUAAAUUCGAAAUAUACGGUAGAGUUCAAGGAGUAUUCUUUAGAAAGUACACCCAGAGCGAGGCCACAAAACUGGGCGUCAAGGGCUGGUGUAGGAACACAGACCGAGAUACAGUUGAAGGCACGUUGGAAGGCAGUAAAAAGCGACUUAACGCGAUGAAGCACUGGUUGCAAACCAAAGGCAGCCCUAAAUCCAGAAUUGACAGAGCUGUGUUUCAAGAUGAACAUGAAAUAGAGGGGUUCACUUUUGAUGGGUUUACGGUAAAACAUUAAUUAAAGAUUUAUUAUUA